GAUGUUUGCGAUGUGCGAAUCAUGGAAAUUUUAUAACAUGGUUCGGGUGGUCUGGUGUGGUUAUGGUGAUCGGCCGCGUGUCUGUGUGUCGCUGUGUGUUGUGUAUGCAGUUAUUCGAACAUGAGUGACAGCGUGGUCCAAAGUGUUCAGAAACUCAACGUGGACGGCGAAAAGGCAUGAUAACUUUCAUUAAACAGUACAUACAUAUGUAAUGCUGUACAAGCGCAUUUUAACAUUGCCCAGAUCACUAUGGAAUUACAAAUUUCAAGCUAGUCCGUACAGGAAGUACUCAAUGAUCUAAAGAUUUGAAUGAAAUGUGAACAUAUUCCGUUGUUCAUCUAUGUUCUUUUUCGUCACCCAAUAUUUUAAACUUAAUUCUGAACAAUGUUUCAUGCAAGGUUUGGAAAUCUUGCAUCAGCACAUGGUGUGGAAGCACUGAAUACAUUUCUCUCUGAUAGGAGUUAUCUUGAAGGAUUUACUCCAUCUCAAGUAGAUACAUCAGUAUAUGAAGCUUUGGGAUGUUGUCCAUCAGAACAGUUUCCUCAUGCUUAUCGAUGGUACAAACAUAUUCAGAGUUAUGGCUCAGAACGGAAGAGUUUUGUUGAGAGAAAAGGAGGCUCCUUGGAAUUACACUAUGUAGAUAAUGGCAAAAAGCAAUGUAAUGAUAAACUAGAUGUAAAGCCUCCUAAAGCAAAAGGAAAGAAAGAUGCCAAAGAAAAGAAGGGAGCUGGUGACUCAGAUCGGUUAUUAUUAUGGGACAAAAUUAAGAAAGAAUAUGAGGCAGAAGUUGCAGCAAAGGAGCCCUGUCCUAUAAAAGUUGCCCUUCCUGAUGGAAAGGUUGUAGAAGGACAGUCAUGGCGAACUACUCCAUAUGAUAUUGCAAAAGGAAUCAGUCAAGGUCUUGCUGACAACACUAUUAUUGCUAAAGUGAAUAAUGAACUGUGGGAUUUGGAUCGGCCUCUUACUUCUGAUUGCAAUUUAAAGUUGCUUAAAUUUGAUGAUGAUGAAGCUCAGCAGGUUUUCUGGCAUUCAACUGCUCAUGUACUAGGAGAAGCAAUGGAACGUGUGUAUGGAGGUUGCUUAUGUUAUGGUCCACCAAUUGAUAAUGGAUUUUACUAUGAUAUGUUCCUUGACGAUAGACAGGUUUCCAAUUUAGAUUUUCCAGUUAUUGAAAAUCUAAUGAAAAACAUUGUUAAAGAAAAACAAAAUUUUGAACGUUUAGAGAUGAAGAAAGAUGAUUUGCUUGAAAUGUUUAAGUACAACGAGUUUAAAGUACGCAUUUUAAAAGAAAAAGUGAAGACCCCUACAACCACUGUAUACCGUUGUGGGCCUCUUAUUGACCUUUGCAGAGGUCCUCAUGUCAGACAUACAGGGAAGAUCAAAGCCCUCAAAGUGACAAAGGCAAGUAUGGUUUCAAUGAUGGUUAAUUCUGCUACCUACUGGGAAGGCAAUGCGGAAGCUGAGUCUUUACAAAGAGAACAAGAAUUAUAUUUCUUCCAUGAACUAAGCCCAGGAUCAUGCUUCUUCCAACCGAAAGGAGCAUAUAUAUAUAAUACUCUUGUGGAAUUUAUUAGAAAAGAGUAUCGAAAGCGAGGAUUUCAGGAGGUGGUUUCUCCCAACAUCUACAAUGUCAAGCUGUGGCAAACGUCAGGGCAUUGGAACCACUAUGCUGAAAACAUGUUCUCCUUUGAAUCAGAGAAAGAAACAUUUGCUUUGAAGCCAAUGAACUGCCCUGGCCAUUGUUUGAUCUUUGAUACUCGAAGUAGAUCUUGGCGAGAGCUUCCUUUAAGACUUGCGGACUUUGGAGUACUGCAUCGCAAUGAAUUGUCAGGUGCUCUCACAGGAUUGACGAGAGUGAGGAGGUUUCAACAGGAUGAUGCUCACAUUUUUUGCACUGUAGAUCAGAUCAGGCAAGAGAUGUUAGGAGCAUUGGAGUUUUUAAAACAUGUCUACUCUGUGUUUGGCUUCACUUUUGAUUUAGUGUUGUCUACAAGACCUGAGAAGUAUCUUGGUGAAAUUGGUGUGUGGAAUGAUGCAGAAAAGCAACUAGCCGAGAGCUUAAAUGAAUUUGGACAGCCUUGGAAAGAAAAUCCUGGUGAUGGAGCUUUCUAUGGACCUAAAAUAGAUAUUACUAUAAAAGAUGCCUUGAGAAGAUCCCAUCAGUGUGCUACAAUUCAGUUGGAUUUCCAGUUACCAAUUCGAUUUAAUUUGGGAUAUGUCAGUGAAAGUGGGGAAAAGAAGAGGCCUGUCAUAAUUCACAGAGCCAUUCUGGGCUCUGUUGAAAGAAUGAUAGCUAUUCUCACAGAAUCAUAUGCUGGGAAGUGGCCGUUCUGGCUAUCUCCAAGACAAUGUAUGGUAAUUCCUGUUGGGCAACCAUUUUAUGAUUAUGCUUUUCAGGUAAAAGAAAAGAUUUUUGCUGCUGGUUUCAAUUGUGAUGUAGAUAUAGAUGCAGGUGAUACCAUGAAUAAGAAGAUACGAAAUGCACAGUUAUCUCAGUACAACUUCAUUUUAGUUGUUGGGGAAAAAGAACAAGGAGCUCAGACAGUGAAUGUUCGUACUCGGGAUAACAAAGUGCACGGUGAAUUCACUAUUCCAGUAGUUAUUGAAAAAUUCCAAGCUUUGAAGGACAAUUAUGUACUUGCAAGUGAAGAGAAUUUUUAGCUCAUACACACUUUACUGAAUUGUUUUCCACUCAGACCUUAAAUUUCAAGCAAUAUUUUUAACUUUAUUCCCAUCAUGAAAUUCCAAAGCUACACACAAUACUCAGUAAUGUAUGUGACAUGUUUUUGCGUGUAGCUCCAAUAAAUAAUUUGGGCAUAAGGUGGCAGUUUUCCCAUAAAACAUUUUAUUAUAUUCAUUCAGUUCUUGUGCCUGUACUUCAGUUAUUCUCUUCACUGUUAUUUAUUUCUGAGAAAUACUUUUCAUUAAAUUAUACUUAUUUUCCUUUGAA